AAGAGGAAGUGGUGUUGUAGUUGUCCCCACUGGGGCAGGCAGCAGCGGCGGCAGCGGUGAAGGAACGAGGGUGCACGGGGCCUCCCCGAGGGGCCGAGUGAGAGGCAGGCAGCCGCCAUGGAGCUCUGGCGCCAAUGCACCCACUGGCUGAUCCAGUGUCGCGUGCUGCCUCCGAGCCACCGUGUGACCUGGGAGGGGGCCCAGGUGUGUGAGCUGGCACAGGCACUGCGAGAUGGAGUCCUCUUGUGUCAACUGCUUAACAACUUGCUUCCCCACGCCAUCAAUCUGCGGGAGGUUAACUUGCGGCCUCAGAUGUCCCAGUUCCUUUGUCUUAAGAAUAUCCGAACCUUUCUGUCUACUUGCUGUGAGAAGUUCGGCCUCAAGCGCAGUGAACUCUUCGAGGCUUUCGACCUCUUUGAUGUGCAGGACUUUGGAAAGGUCAUCUACACACUGUCUGCUCUGUCAUGGACACCCAUUGCCCAGAACAAAGGAAUCAUGCCCUUCCCAACAGACGACAGUGCUCUGGUGGAUGAAGAUAUUUACAGUGGCCUUUCAGACCAGAUCGAUGACACCGCAGAGGAAGAUGAGGACCUUUACGACUGCGUGGAGAACGAGGAGGCAGAGGGGGACGAGAUCUACGAGGACCUAAUGCGCUCGGAGUCGGUGCCCACGCCACCCAAGAUGACAGAGUAUGAUAAACGCUGCUGCUGCCUGCGGGAGAUCCAGCAGACCGAGGAGAAGUAUACAGACACACUGGGCUCCAUCCAGCACCACUUCAUGAAGCCCCUACAGAGAUUCCUUAAGCCUCAAGACAUGGAGACCAUCUUUGUCAACAUUGAGGACCUGCAUUCCGUGCACACCCACUUCUUAAAGGAACUGAAGGAUGCCCUGGCUGGCCCGGGAGCAACAACGCUGUAUCAGGUCUUCAUCAAGUAUAAGGAGAGGUUCCUUGUGUAUGGCCGUUACUGCAGUCAGGUGGAGUCAGCCAGCAAGCACUUGGAUCAGGUGGCCACGGCACGGGAGGAUGUGCAGAUGAAGCUGGAGGAAUGUUCUCAAAGAGCCAACAACGGUCGAUUCACCCUGCGGGAUCUGCUGAUGGUGCCCAUGCAGCGGGUGCUGAAGUAUCACCUCCUCCUCCAGGAACUAGUGAAACACACACAGGAUGCCACAGAAAAGGAGAACCUGCGGUUGGCCCUGGACGCCAUGAGGGACCUGGCACAGUGUGUGAAUGAGGUCAAGAGGGACAAUGAAACCCUACGGCAGAUCACAAACUUUCAGCUGUCCAUUGAGAACCUGGACCAGUCUCUGGCCAACUACGGGCGGCCUAAGAUUGACGGUGAGCUCAAGAUUACCUCAGUGGAGCGUCGCUCAAAGACGGACAGGUAUGCCUUCCUGCUGGACAAAGCGCUGCUCAUCUGUAAACGCCGCGGGGACUCUUACGACCUCAAGGCCUCGGUGAACUUGCACAGCUUCCAAGUUCGGGAUGACUCCUCCGGGGAACGAGACAACAAGAAGUGGAGCCACAUGUUCCUUCUGAUUGAGGACCAAGGCGCCCAGGGCUAUGAGCUGUUCUUCAAGACUCGGGAGCUGAAGAAGAAGUGGAUGGAACAGUUUGAAAUGGCCAUCUCCAACAUCUACCCAGAGAAUGCUACAGCCAAUGGACACGAUUUUCAGAUGUUCUCCUUUGAGGAGACCACUUCCUGCAAGGCCUGCCAGAUGUUACUCAGAGGCACAUUCUACCAGGGAUAUCGCUGUUACAGGUGCCGGGCACCUGCACACAAGGAGUGUCUGGGGAGGGUGCCUCCGUGUGGUCGUCAUGGGCAAGAUUUCUCAGGAACCAUGAAGAAGGACAAGCUACAUCGAAGGGCCCAGGACAAGAAAAGGAAUGAAUUGGGUCUGCCUAAGAUGGAAGUGUUUCAGGAAUACUAUGGGAUCCCCCCUCCACCUGGAGCCUUUGGACCAUUUUUACGGCUCAACCCUGGGGACAUUGUGGAGCUCACUAAGGCGGAGGCUGAACACAACUGGUGGGAGGGAAGAAAUACUGCUACAAAUGAAGUCGGCUGGUUUCCCUGUAACAGAGUGCGUCCCUAUGUCCAUGGCCCUCCUCAGGACCUGUCUGUGCAUCUCUGGUAUGCGGGCCCCAUGGAACGAGCGGGAGCUGAGGGCAUCCUUACCAACCGCUCUGACGGGACCUACCUGGUGCGGCAGAGGGUGAAAGAUACAGCAGAGUUCGCCAUCAGCAUUAAGUAUAACGUGGAGGUCAAGCAUAUUAAAAUCAUGACGUCAGAGGGGUUGUACCGGAUCACAGAGAGGAAGGCUUUCCGGGGCCUUCCGGAACUGGUGGAGUUUUAUCAGCAUAAUUCCCUCAAAGAUUGCUUCAAGUCGCUGGAUACCACCUUGCAGUUUCCUUAUAAGGAACCUGAGAGGAGAGCUAUCAACAAGCCCCCGGCUGGAAGCACCAAGUAUUUUGGCACUGCCAAAGCCCGCUACGACUUCUGUGCCCGAGACCGGUCGGAACUGUCCCUUAAGGAGGGUGAUAUCAUCAAGAUCCUCAACAAGAAGGGACAGCAAGGCUGGUGGCGUGGGGAGAUCUACGGCCGGAUUGGCUGGUUCCCGUCUAACUAUGUGGAGGAAGACUAUUCCGAAUACUGCUGAGCCUGGUGCCCUGCAGGACACAGAGCGAGGCAGAGGAAGACUGAGCCCAGGCUGCUAGCAGGGCUGAGGGGCCGUGAGCUGUCUUCACUGGCAGGGGAUCUGCAUGGAGUGCGGAUGGCUAGUGGCCAGCUGGCAGGGUUCCCAGGAUGAAGCCCGGAGAUGGUUAAUUUAUAACACACUGAUUUUUCUUCAGUCCUCCAAGAAAGCUGGGGCUUGAGGCAACUGAUUCUAAUAAAGUGAGGAGAGCGGGAACGGGUGUGCUCCAGACUGACUGUAAGGGGGGCCACAGGGAGGGUGCACACAACCCAAGCUCUCUCAGCAAUGCCCUCCUUGUGUGGAGGCCUCCCUUCUCUGACUUUUACAGUACAGGUCGAAGGAGACCUGGGAUUCCUACGUGGCAGAGGAGAGUGCUGUGUUUACAGGGUCUGGAUUACAGAAGUCAAGUCUACACCUCCCCCCCCCCCAUCUUUUUUGUCCUCAGUACCAAGGAAUGAUCUCGACGUGAUAGGAAAACACACUACAGCUGAGCCCCUCACUGGGAGAUUACAGGCAGGUUAUCCACCCCAACCACGCCCCCAACUGCCCACUCGGGGAUUCUAGGCAGGGCUCCACCCCUGACCAUGCCCUCAGCCCUUAAUUCAGGAUUCUAGGCAAGGGGUUCUGCUGCUGUGUCACACUCCAUGCCACUUUAACAUCUUUAAGACAGGGUCUUGUUAUAUAGGCCAGAGUGACCUUGAACAUAUUACAGCUGGCCUUCAACUUGUCAUCCUCCUGCCUCAGCUUUCUUAUAAUAGAAGUUAAUGUUUUGAGUUCUCUCCUUCUGUGUUAUGCUGAGUAAGGGAAAAACACCCUCAAUAUAUGCUCUUUUUUUUUCUUUAUUUUAUAUAUAUGAUGAAUACACUGUAGCUGUCUUCAGGCAUACCAGAAGAGGGCAUCAGAUUUCAUUACAGAUGGUUGGGAGCCACCAUGUGGUUGCUGGGAAUUGAACUCAGGACCUUUGGAAGAGCAGUCAGUGCUCUUAACCACUGAGCCAUCUCUCCAGCCCCUCAAAAUAUGCUCUUCAAAAAUCCAGUUUAACUCCUAUAAACGUUGGCUCUGGUGUCCUGAGGAGAUAACCUGUUCACAUCAGAACCCUUCUCUGCCUCCUCUGCCUGCCAGGUAGAGCAACCACACUGGUUUGCCCAGGACCAUUUUGCCUGUUGGCCUGGUGCAGUUAUUAAUCAUGACCUGUGUCCUACUUUGAUUUUUGUUGCUGUGGCAAAUGACCUAAUGCUCCUUGUGGAGGUCAAGAUUUGUGUUUGGCUACAGUUCCAGUGUACAGUUCCUCACAGCUGGAAGCCAGGGCAGGAGCCGAAUCCGGACCUGAGGCAGAGGCCACGGGGGAGGCUCCUACUGCCUCAUUCUCUGCUUUAUGCUCGGCUUCCCUUCCUCUUUUUCAGCAAUAAAGUUUUAUUUACUUUAUAUCCA